CUCAUUCCGACCACGCCGCCUUAGAAAGCAUUGUCCUCUCUCUCCUCGAACGACUUUGGCAGCGGCCCUUGAAACGGAAUAGGAGGCAAGAGACAAAGCCCCGUUUGCCCUCUUGGUCCGCCGGUCCGCCUGUCCGUCCGCCUCCCAAAUCAAAUCAAAGGGUCCAAGUCCACUCUGGCUCGGCGCUCAGCUCGCGCUUAGCACUCGUCCGACAUCCCAUCGCGAGCUCAUCACUCAACCGUCCCCCUUGCCCUUGCCUCAUCACUACCACCACGCGCGCAGCAUGGCCUGGACAGCCCAACAUCACGGCAUGGACGGUCUCCUUCCGCAGGGCUACUGGGGUCCCAUCACCUCCUCCCUUCUCUGGUGCGAGGACAAGUAUCGGUGGAGCAAGUACAUCGCCGAGCCGAUGAAUAGUGUGACCAACUUGGCAUUCAUAGCCCUCGCCCUGUACGGCGCUCGCAACUCCCUGCGCUCAAAGUUGCCCUGGCGCUAUACCGUCACCAAUUUGGGGAUCGCUCUAGUUGGGCUGGGCUCGCUGGCAUUUCAUGCUACACUGCUGUACGAGGCACAGUUGCUCGACGAGUUGCCGAUGAUUUAUACGAGUCUCUGUCUCUCCUACUGUAUCCUGGAGGAUUCGAGGCGAAAUGAUCCCAAGGGCAAGAAGUAUGGCGUAUCAUUACCGCUCGGUCUAGCUGGGUCGGGUGGACUGAUUACUGCAGGUUACCUGGCACUGCCGAACCCGAUAUUGCAUCAGGUGGCUUAUGCUGCCAUCCAGAUUGCCACCACGGGGAGGGUGCUCUGGCUCCUCUUUGCCGCUGGAUCACCGCUGGGUAAACUGGAUGACGGCGGCGAGGCGAGACGCAAACGGGCUAUGAUCAGGAAGAGCUACGUCUUCGGGACUGCCGUCUUCUUGCUGGGAUUCGCGAUUUGGAACAUUGAUAAUGCAUUGUGGGUGGCAUGACGGUAGCGAACAGCUGGCACAUCAAUGCUGACAGACGAUCUCUCCCCUCUCCUCCCUUGCCUGCACGCGCAGCUGCGACUCCCUCCGCGUCGCACGCCGCUACGUAGGCUACCCAUUCGCGGUCCUCCUCGAGGGCCACGCGUGGUGGCAUAUGCUCACAGGCUACGGUGCAUACCACCUCGUAGCUUCCGCCGGGCUCCUCGGCAUGAUCCUCAAGGACGAUGCUCACACGUGGACCUUCAAGGGUUGCGAUGCCCCCUCGGCGGGUGCGAGGAGACGGGCUUUCUUGCUGCCAGAGGUGGCGCCUGAUAAGGCUGCGGUGGCCAAGAAGAAGGGAGCGGCUGUGAUGAAUGGUCACGCGAAUGGCAAAGCCAUGGCAGACUGAGGGUUUAUAUAUGACGCGAUAAUACCAUCUCGAUGACCCUGCUUACAGGUC